AUGGCGCUUAGAACUCUCACUGAAGAAGAUAUUUCAAUUCAAGAUAAUGCUAUUCGUGGAACUAAUGAAGAUGCAGUUACGAGUAAAUUAUCCGCUGUAAACGCAGGAUAUAUUCAAGAUGAGUAUGUAAGGUAUUUUCUCAAAAGACCUGUAAAAAGAUCGCCUCUCAUUAACAGAGGAUCAUAUGUGCGUAACAAAGGACUAGAUACUCUGGUAAUAAAGUUUCUGGAAAUUGAAGAUGGAAAAAAGCAAAUAGUGUCGCUAGGUGCUGGAUUUGACACACGAUAUUUUAAUUUGAAGUCAUCAUUACGAAAAUUUUAUAAAUAUUUUGAAAUUGAUUUUCCUGAAAUCACUGCAAAGAAAGUUGCAAUUAUUCGAAAAAAUAAAGAAUUGUCAGAGAUUAUUGGUGAUGAUGCUCGAACAGGUAAAGGAGGCUUAGAGCUUUAUGCGUCAGAUUAUUGUUUGUUAUCAGGAGAUCUUCGUGAUUUUGUCGAGGAUUUGGUUCCAAGGUUGGAGUCCAACGGAUUUGAUCGCAGUCUUUCAACAUUAUUCUUAUCUGAAUGCGUGAUGAUAUAUAUGGACCCAACGAACUCCAACAAAAUUGUGGAAUGGAUUGGGGAAAACCUAAAUACGACAAUGUUUAUAGUUUAUGAACAAAUUUUACCAAAUGAUGCUUUUGGAUCUGUCAUGUUACAAAAUCUAAAACAUCGAAAUAUAGAACUUCGUGGAAUACAUGCUUAUCCUGAUCUUAAAAGUCAAAAAGAUAGAUAUUUAUCACGCGGAUGGACUCAUGCUGAAGCUGUCGAUAUGAAUGAAAUUUAUGACUUUUAUAUAGAUCCAAAGGAACAUAUUAGGAUAUCAAAGUUGGAAAUGUUGGAUGAACUCGAAGAAUGGCAUCUUCUUGCAUCGCAUUAUUGCAUUGCUUGGGCCUAUAAGGUCUCGACUGAAUCUCAAAAAACGUACGAUUCUGUGAAAUUCGAAAAUUAUAAAAAAGAAUCCAUU